GCAUCGUUUUGUCUGAGACGGUAGACACUUGCGCGAACGACAGGAGAUGUCUGGCAACACGCACCAACAGGCUGAGAAAAUGGCUGAGCAGUUGCAACAGAAAGUGCAAGUGGGAGAGGAGGGCAAACAUGUUCUCAAAACUCCCAAGGGCACAAGAGACUACAACCCAAAGCAGAUGGCUAUCAGAGAGAAGGUCUUUAAUGUCAUUGUGGGUUCCUUCAAGCGUCACGGAGCUGAGACCAUCGACACGCCCGUCUUCGAGCUCAAGGAAACUCUAAUGGGGAAGUAUGGUGAAGACUCCAAGCUCAUUUACGACCUGAAGGACCAGGGAGGAGAGCUGCUGUCCCUCAGAUAUGACCUUACUGUGCCGUUCGCUCGUUACCUGGCCAUGAACAAGAUCAGCAACAUCAAGCGCUACCACAUCGCCAAGGUGUACCGCCGAGACAACCCUGCCAUGACCCGGGGCCGCUACAGAGAGUUCUACCAAUGCGACUUUGACAUUGCUGGCCAAUACGAUCCAAUGAUUCCUGAUGCAGAAUGCCUGAAGAUUGUUCACGAGAUCCUGAGUGCACUGGAUAUUGGGGACUUCCGCAUCAAGGUGAAUGACAGGAGGAUUCUGGAUGGCAUGUUUGCAGUGUGUGGAGUACCAGACGACAAGUUCCGCACUGUCUGCUCCUCCGUAGACAAGAUGGACAAGAUGCCAUGGGAGGACGUGAAGAAAGAGAUUAUAGAGAAAGGCCUACCAGAGAAAGUAGCAGCUCAGAUUGGAGAGUAUGUCACGUUGAAAGCUGGUGGUAUGGAGUUAGCUGAGAGGCUGCUAGCGGACGCUAAGCUGAGUAAGAGUGAGGCUUCCUGUGCCGGCCUGACUGACAUCAAGCUGCUCUUCACCUACCUGCAGAUCUUCAAGGUCACAUACAAGUUGGUGUUCGACCUGUCGCUAGCCCGUGGCUUGGACUACUACACGGGAGUGAUCUACGAGGCCGUCCUGACAGGCACCGGCACUGGCGCCGCAGGUGGCGAGGGCGAGCCUGUCGGGGUGGGCAGCGUGGCGGGGGGCGGGCGCUACGACGGCCUGGUGGGCAUGUUCGAUGCCAAGGGCCGCAACGUGCCGUGCGUGGGAGUCAGCAUCGGCAUCGAGAGGAUAUUCUCCAUCAUGGAGCAGAAGGCUGAGGCGUCAGGAGAGAGGGUGCGUACCACGGAGACACAGGUACUGAUAGCAUCGGCCCAGAAGAACCUUCUAGAGGAAAGACUCAGAUUGGCAACGACGCUGUGGGACGCGGGGGUGAAAGCGGAGGUGGUUUAUAAGCGCGACCCGAAGUUGCUGAGCCAGCUGCAGUACUGCGAGGACUCGGGAGUGCCCCUAGUGGCCAUCCUGGGAGAGCAGGAGCUGAGCAGUGGCACCGUCAAGCUGCGCAACGUCGCCACCCGGCAAGAGGUGGAGGUGUCCAGAUCAGACCUGGUGGCUGAAGUGAAGAAGAUGAGCUGAAGCUGCCUCAUCGCGAACUGAAUCAAUCACAUUGGCACUAUCUUUGCUCUCUAUGCUGAGAAAACAAUAUAAUAUAUACAGUGGUAAUUCACAGUAUGUUGAUAAUUUAGCAGAAAUA